GCCUACCGAUGUUUCAGAACGCUGCAACUCGCUAACGUGUUGGACCUCUGCAUUGUCACAAGCGCAUCGCUUCGUUGCUUGGUCCGUUUCUCGGUCGAUCAUCGGCAUCAGUGCCUCUCUAACAAGGAUCGAACGGUUUUAAACUGUUGGCAGGUGCCUUUACAAUUAGUUUAAAGCUGCGCAGUCGUGUGUGUGAAAAGCAACUAGCCAACGAGAUCCCUCGGCAAAAAUCGGAAAAUUAUUCAACUUCUUGCUAAGGAAACCACGUGUGGAACUAUGGGAUCGUCAACCUCGUCCAUACCAGAGUCGAGGAGUACCGGUGCGGCUUACACGAAGAAAUUGUAUUUUGAUCCUAACGCGGAUUCGCCCGAGGGUUAUGAUUAUUCGAUAACCGAUGCCGAAUUACGUGAAACACUGUCAGAGUUGGUCGACGUCACAGAGCGCAUUGUUGAGGUUAGGUAUUAUAAGCACCCCCUAAGCAGUAUGCAGUUGACGGACGGCAUAUUGCAUCACGCUUUCAUUGUAUUCGAAACGAACGCGUGGUGGUGGUCCAUCGAGAAAAACGACGAAGGCGUCACCAUGCAGCGAUCAACGGACUUUGACAGCGUUUGCGAAAAGUACAGGCGAUCCGAUCGUCAGACUAGCAUUGGGAAUGGUGUUGAAAUGGUGAAAAAAGCAUCUGGAAGCACGACAGUGAUGGAGCUGAUUGAUCACCUGUGGGAGGGAGAUUAUCUCAAUCAGGAAUACAACUUUGAGACAUAUAACUGUCAACAUUUUGCUGAUUUGAUUUAUGAGUUCAUUUAAAACUAUUCUAGUUAUUCUUUUCAUCCUUAACCUGUAAUGCUUUAUUCCCUUUGUAGUCUUGAUUCAGUGCAGCAUUGUAGUACAUGAAACCAAUACAAACUCUUUCGAAAAUUUCAAAA